GGAUUCCAAGAUGGCGGAGAAAACACAAGGAAAGGCUCGUAAAAGAACGCAUUUUGAAAUGGAGAGAUCACGGCAAUCUCCCUUCCAAAAUCCCACAAGGACCGGAGAGUCUGCUGCCGUUGUAUCCAAAGCACCUCGCGGUAUCAAUUCCGCAGAAUUUGCCGAGUCGAGAGCUUUGGAAAUUCACAACAUGUUGCAGGCUCUAUCGUCCGCAUCUAAGCAAAGUAAUAAACGGGUUUUUCAAUCAUUACCUCGGCACAUGAGGCGACGAGCUGCAAGUCAUGACUCAAAGCGAAUGCCUGUUAGACUUAGGAAUGCUUAUGAUAGGGAGGCUUUGAAGUCUCAGGAGAAAUCAAAAGAGCCUUCAAAGCAAAAGAAAUCGCGCAGGCACCGUAGAAAACGCAGCAACCUACUACAAGAAUACAAUAGACGAAAAAGGAAACAUGCCUGGCUCGAGACACAUAUAUGGCACGCAAAAAGAUUUAAGAUGGUAGAACAAUGGGGUUACAAGAUACCUUGCCACCCAAAUGAUAAAAGUGUGAGAGCUUCUUACCGUGCUAUGGCGAAUGGUUGCUUAUUGCAGGAUAUUUCUUAUUAUCAAUGCACUGAAGUUAAAGGGAGACAAGAAAUUAUCAUUGCAGCAAUGAAGCACUUGAUAAGCUCAGAUAUUGGUUUGACAGUGGUUGGCAAGGAGUACUUAGAUGGUAAAUAUGAAUCUGAAACGAUGCUGUAUAAAUAUGACAGAUAUCCAUACCAGGCAAUUGGUCCAGUCAUGUGUCUCUGGGAACAGCAGGUCAAUCCUGUGCCAGACAUGGUAACAAGACUUUGGCUGUGGUCACAUCCAUCAUGUUCAGAUGAGGUUGUAAAGGAAAUUGUACAUGCUUGCAAUCUUGAAGAACCAACUGAAUAUAUAGACACCAAACCAUGGUUGUCUGAAGGACAUAAAGAAGAAACUGAAAAUAAGGCAAACACAUCAUCCCCGAAAGCAUCUGAACUCACAGUUACAAUCUUACAUGAGCAACUGGCUAGAUUACGUCUUAUUGGUCCUAAAUCUCACACAUUACUUUCAUGCACACUGGAGUUGUGUGACUGGGGGUCUAAGAACCGUGGAUCUCGAUGGUGGGAGGUGUACAGCAAGGGUGAAGAAAGGAUAAAGAUGUUGAAUGAACAGAACAAAUCCUGGGAAGACAUGAAGAGUGUUUCUUCAUCAGGGGUGUUAAAGUCUGGGUCUGUCAUAGCAUUAGUUGUGAAAGACCCAAGAUUAGGCUUGCCUGUUAGGAAAUCUAGUGUUGAUAUGUCAGCUGAAGAAAUAUACAAAGGAGAAAGUGUGAAGAAAUCAAUGUUAACCAGUAUUUCAACAGCUUCUGCUAUAUCACCCCUCUGGGACACCACAGUUCGACAAGAAGUAAAACAAAGCAAAAUGCCAGAGAAAGAUUUGAAUGAUCAUCGUUCUAAGCAGGCUAUACCUGGCUCAAAAAUUGAUCUUGGAGAUGAUACAUCAAGAAUCCCAAUGAUGUUGAUUCAACAACCUGGUAGUACAGCCAACCACAAGUCUGGUUCCAUCAACUUUGGCAGUGGUUAUGACAUCAUUUUCCCGGCGGGUUGGAGCAUGGCAUUCUGGAUAGCUUUCGUGUAUCGUGGCGCACGCGUGGGUGGAACACGAGAGUUGGAAACGUGCUCUCGCGAACAAGGAAUCCCGCAUUUCCCGCGUGAUUUUCCCGACACGCAUGCCGGUCGUGAGUUCAAUGAAGAGCAGAAAAAGAAUGGUGAAGAGAAAUACAAGCGUUAUCCUCCCGCUAAGCGACCAAACUAUAAGAAAUUAGGCAUGGCAAGUCCAUUUGCCCCGGACUGGAAGUCCCUUGUUAACGAAUGGAGUGAACGGUUAAACAGAUGACGUGAAAAAUGAAGUCGCUAGUGAGAAGUCUUUAGAUCAGGAUAGUCAGUCUGAAGAAUUGAAAAAUCUUGAAGUGAAAA